UGAAGACGUCAAGUCGAGAUCCCCUUCUCUCCGCUCUCUUUCAUCUCCACCUAUGAUGACAAGUCCGCUCUCCAAGUCGCCACAAAUGUUCUCCUCACCGGUGCCAUUUCCGUCUUCCUCUUCUUCUCCUCCCGUCUCUGAGCAAAAUGCAUAAGAACUGAAGUGAAGUUUAAAGAAGGAAAACCUAACAAAAUGAGAUUAGACGGUUCAUCAAUAUCCCAUCAUGGAUCGCUAGUUGCUGGUGGAUUCUCUUAUUCAUCACUCAAGGUGUAUGGCAGUUCUAAGUUGUUUUUAACCUGUUCGGGGCUGCUAUGAUAUGAAGGUUGCAAGCUUUUGAUUUGGGUUGUUUUGGUGGAUGAAUCGACCCGUCAUCGAUGGGGCUGAUGCGUUUGGUUCCUGUUUACUGCAAGAUAAAGGGUUUAAACUACUUGUUUUGGUGGAAAAUUGGACCUACAAUCUUCGCUUCUGUGGAGUACAACUCUGGCUGUCAAGAAACUUUCAUUAUAAAAACACCACAUUCAUAGAUCAUCACGACUGGCAUUUCUUGUAUGUAACAAUCUUGUAUUCCGAAUUGUUAAACAUGCUUUUGGAGGGUCGGCUUGAUGUCACAAUAUUACAUUGGUUUGCCAUGCAUUUCUUUGAGUCGCUCAAUUCUAGGUGUGCUUUUUUCAAUCCACAAAAAAUCACUGGAUCACAGUGUAAAACAUUUCUUGAAGACGUUAAAAAAAACGUAAAAGAAAUAUGUGAGCUUCAUUCUAAAAAAGUGUUCUAUCUUGCAUCAUACUUAGCCGGUAAAUAUUGGUCGCUUAUAAUUGUUUGCCCAGAUUUCAAAUUCGGCAAUAUUGUUGAUUCUAUAAGGAAGGGAAGACCCAUAAAAAUUACAAGCUCGUCAAGAAUCACUGAAGAAGUUUUUGAGAUUAAUUUUAAGUGGCACAUGGCACAGUGCAAACAACAGAAAGGCAGUUGUGAAUGUGGGUAUAUGGUAAUCAAACAUAUGAAAGAGUUUAUCGACUCUAUACAACAUGAUUUGGUUAACCGACUUUGGAACGAAGAAGGGUAUUUUGAAGAAUCUCAAAUUGAGAAUUUAGUGGUAGAUUUAAUGUCGGGAUUUAUUAAAAAGAUGUUUUGAUCUUGUAAGCAUUAGUUUGUGUUUCAUACUUUUGUAAUUCCGUAUACUUGAACCUGUUGUUGGGUUGUUUAAUACUAGUUAACUUUUGUCGUGA